GGGGCUUGGUCUUGCUCUUUGCUGCUUGCUCGUCGUUGUUCGCCGGCCUCUGGGCCUCGGCGUAUUGGGUCCAAUAUUUCGCGACGGUGGGGAACGGCAUCAGGAGCUGCUUGUAGAUCGGCGCCGCCUCCGAGAUCGGCAAACGGCGGGCCUGAUUGGCGUGGUGGCUGACCAUUGUAUUUGGGAUUAUGGUGAGGGUUUCGUUGGGGCUGUUCGAUUUUUCCCUCAAAUUGCAGGCUUUGCUUACAUUUGGGUCCUGAUGGUUGAAGAAUUUAGAGUUGGGAAGAUGGUUGAGGAUGUUAGAGUUGAGAAGAUGAUGGUUGAAGACGGUAGAGUUGACAGGAUGGUUAAAUAUGAUGGAGUUAAGGAGAAGGUGGAUGAGGCCAAAGCAUUCGAAUCGAGUAUGAUGGGUGAAGAUGAUCAAGAUUAUGAUUAUGAUUUUUGUGUGGGUGAUAUUGUGUGGGUUAAAACCAAAAUAAACACACGGUGGCCUGCUAGAAUUCAUGAUCCUGCAGAUGCAUCAAAGUACGGAGGAAUUGAAAGUGACCAAGAAGACUCUGCUAGUUGGGUACUUUGGGAUGGGUCAUGUUGCUUGGUGCCGUCGAUACCAACUGAUUUCCCCAGUAUUUCGAGCAGAUUUCAGGGCAGAGCAAGGCUAGAAUUUUCAUUAAAGCUGUAGAGAAAGCUCUUGAAGAGUUUGGUCGCCGUGUCAAAUUGAAUAUGACU